AUGAAGUUUUCUUCCACCUCUGCCCUCGUCGCUGCGCUUGUCGCCGGUGUCAAUGGCGCCAGCAUCCCUCGAACCCAAGGCUCAGUCCCCAUCACUUUCAUCGGUGCAGCCGACGCUCAGUUUACUCAGGACUUCCCAACUGACGGAAGCAGCGUCGCCAUCACCAACCCUCUGAGCAUCUCCCACAUCGCCUCCAGCACCAACGGCGUUUCAUGCGUGUUCGAUGGCAUUGACAAGAGCGUCACUGUUGUUUCCAAUGCAGAGACUGUAGACGUUGGUCCUCCCCAGACACAGAUCUCGGGUUCAUGCGCCGUUGGCGCAGUUCCUCUCACCCAGCACGAGCGUCGGGAAAAUGACGAGGAUGUGGUAAUCACUUUCGUUGGCGCAGCAGAUGGCCAGUUCACCCAGGUCUUCCCGGUCAACGGUGUCGCGACUCAGAUCUCGAACCCUCUCAGCAUUUCUCACAUCGAGUCGCACCGCCCAGGUGUUUCGUGUACCUUCAAUGGUAUUGACAGCAGUGUGACCACUGUCACCGGUGUCCAGACUGUUGACCUUUCGGACUGUCCAAGGCCACACACCAGCUGA